GUUGUCAAAAAAAUGAUAAGAACACGCAGAUGUGAAAGAGAAUUUUAAUUUUGUUUUGAUAAAAAUAACUAAAUCCGCCCUUUUGGUUGAUUUGUUUGUGUUAUAACUUUUUGUUUCAUAUUUGGCUACUAUGAAGUUACUGAAGCCUAUAGGGGUGCUGAGACACGCGCGGCGCCGCAAGCCGGGCCGCGGCGUCACCACUUGGUCGCCUCUGGCCACAGCCUUCAACACCAGACCCACAUCUAGACCAAUUUUUGACACACUGAGAGAAAGGACGGGUCUUUUCAAUAAGCCAGAACUCACCAGUUUUGAAGGAUUCUAUACCCUAAGAGACCAGGCCAUCGCAACCACAGACCGCUUGAUUGAAGAAGCUACUUCGAACCCCACACGGCCUAUGGUGGAGAUCUUCGAUGAGUUGUCCGAUACUCUGUGCAAAGUGGCGGAUUUGGCCGAGUUCGUCAGGAUCGCGCACCCACAGUCUCACUUUGCAGCUGCUGCUGAGGAAGCCUGCAUAAGCGUUAGUGGUGUAGUUGAAAAGUUAAACACACACAAGGGUUUAUACGAAGCACUUCGUGACUCAGUCCAACGGGGCACAUCAGGCGACCAGCACCUCGCAGAACUGUUCCUCUUUGACUUUGAACAGAGUGGCAUCCAACUGGAAGAGGGCCCGAGGAAAAGAGUCGUCGCUCUCAAUGACUUGAUCCUGCAAACUGGACAGAGGUUCAUGGCUGGAGCUGCUAAGCCUAGGAAGGUGAAUAGGCAGGUUGUACCUGCUAAUAUCAGGCAGUUUUUCAGCACAGAAGGCGACAACAUAAUAGUGAGCGGCGUUUACGCAGAGUGCGGCGAGGCGGCGGCGCGCGAGGCGGCCUACCGCCUGUACCUGGCGCCCGACGCGGCCCAGGACCGCCUGCUCACCACCACCCUGGAUGCUCGCCUGGAGUUGGCGGCCGUCUGCGGCUUCCAGUGCUACGCCGACAGAGCAAUAAAAGCUAGUACGAUGGAAACCGCGUCAAACGUGCGCCAGUUCCUCGAUAUACUGUCUGACAAUCUCUACGAUCGCGCCAGAAUUGACUUCGAUGCUAUGCUCAAAAUGAAAAGGAAAGAGACGCCUUAUCAGGACACUCUUAUGUGCUGGGACACACCAUACUUCACGCAUAAGGCUAAAACACAGCUGCUAAAUGUGGCUAACUCGGACUUCAGUCCUUACUUCUCGCUGGGCGGGUGUAUGGAAGGCCUGAAUAUGCUGUGCCAGGAGUUGUAUGGAAUCAGCUUGGUUUCUGAAGAGAUGUUGCCUGGCGAGUCGUGGUCGCCCGACGUGUACAAGCUGGCAGUAGUUCACGAGAGCGAAGGCCUGCUGGGACACAUCUACUGCGACCUGUACGAGCGGCCCGGUAAGCCGCACCAGGACUGCCACUUCACCAUCCAGGGCGGGAAGCAGCUGCCCGACGGCUCGUACCAGAACCCGAUAGUGGUGGUGAUGUUGUCCCUAAGCGGCGGGCACCGCUCGGGCCCCGCUCUGUUGUCUGCCGGCGCCGUGGACAACCUGUUCCACGAGGCGGGCCACGCGCUGCACAGCAUGCUCGGCCGCGCGCGCCACCAGCACGUGGCCGGCACGCGCUGCCCCACCGACCUCGCCGAGCUGCCUAGCGUCCUCAUGGAGUGCUUCGCCGGCAGCCCGCAGGUGCUGCGUCGCUUCGCGCGGCACUUCCAGACGCGCGAGCCGAUGCCCGACGACAUGCUGCACCGGCUCUGCGCCUCCAAGUACUUGUUCGGCGCCAGCGAGAUGCAGUUACAGGUGUUCUACUCUGCGCUGGACCAGCGCUACCACGGGCCGGGCGCGUCGAGCGGCGCGCGCACCACCGACGUGCUGCGCGACGUGCAGCGCCAGUACUACGGCCUGCCCUACGUGCCCAACACGGCGUGGCAGCACCGCUUCAGCCACCUUAUCGGCUACGGGGCGAAGUACUAUUCAUACCUAAUAUCGCGCGCGUGCGCCUGGAGCGUGUGGAAACGGAACUUCGAGCCCGAGCCGCUGUCGCGGGCCGCAGGAGACGCGUUGCGACGCGGCGUGCUGCGACACGGGGGCGCCGUGCCGCCGAAGGCGUUGCUGACUGAUUACUUGGGCACAGAAAUAACUCCGAACUCGCUGGCGAGCGCGCUGGCUGAAGAGCUGGACUACCAUAAGGACCACCUCGACACCGUGCUCAAGGUCAUCAACAAGUGAACACAGAAGACCUUAAGUCUUAAUGCUAAGGACCAGAAUGGCAUGGCGCGACACAGGAAAGGAAUGAGGGGUAUUUUUUAGAAGAACAACAUCUCGGUUUUAUAGACAAGUGAAGUGAUUUUCAGAAAUGGGCUAAAUUAUUUUCAGCCUUUGCAGAAUGGCGGACAUCGAUGACGCCUUCCAAAACUGUAAUUAAAUAUAAUAGUUGUUAGAAGCCUUUUUAUGCCUAUUAGUAUAAUCUUUUGGUGCAGAACAUGUGCUCGAAUAUAUUAUCAUUUGUUGUCAACGGUUGACAUAUAAAAAUGUGUAUUCCUUGGUGCUAAAACGGGGUAAAUAACAGAAGUGCAAUUUGAUGAUUAAAUAGGCAAUGUUUUUUGCUGUGCAUAGCCGAGAUCAAGUAGUCAUUUUUAGAACUACUGCUUAUGAUUCCGAAGGUUCUUUAUAUCACAAUCUAACUUCAUAGAAGUACAGUAAUGAAAGUUGGUACAAAGAGAUUCUCAAACUAAUUUUACACUGCCUUUUAUCUAGCUAGUGAUCAGCAAUAAAAUAGUCGAUUAAACUUGUACAGAUUGUAAAUAUUGUCUUUGAGGGUUUGCUUCAUUGUACAGUCAGCGUCAAAAAGUCAGUGACACCCAAAGUGGACAACAAUCUUAUUCCAAUGUAACAGACGUGUUGGUAACAUAUUGGCUACUUCGGGUGUUUCGAACUAUUUGACGCCGACUGUAUGAUCAUAAAAUGUAAAAGAGACUUCCUUGUUUCAACCAGCGAUUAGUAAAAGUAUGGUUAAAGGGAGUCACGAAAUAUUCCUCUAAGAGGAGGCGUGUGUUCCUAGAUCAAAUAGUUGCUCAUUGUAUAGUUAUGUUUUAAGAAGGAUAUUCACUUGGAAGCAUUCGCAUUUCGAGUAUCAUACUAGGCAGAAUUCUAAUAGCUAGAUUUACUGGCUUUCUGAACUGUUUGCGAAAGAUUGCUUGCUGGAAGAUCUCGCACAGUGAACGCACCGAGUGAAUACCCUCCUUACCAAAAGAUCUUUUAGUGUAAAUAAAUGUUUUUAUUAUUUAUUUCGUAGACGUUCAAAAUAAAACAAUGAUUGAAAAUUAUAAA